ACGCUGCCAAUAAAUUGACCAGUGGUGAAUCAGACAUAGCGAUAAAUUGGUCUGGAGGUCUACAUCACGCUAAAAGGUUUGAAGCAUCUGGAUUCUGCUACGUGAAUGAUAUCGUGUUAGCUAUUUUAGAGCUCUUAAGAUUUUAUCAACGCGUCCUUUAUAUUGAUAUUGAUAUACAUCAUGGUGAUGGUGUAGAAGAAGCUUUUUACACCACUGACCGAGUUUUGACUUCUUGUGUCGACUUCGUAAAGGAUUUUAAUAUUCCUCUUUUGGUUGUAGGUGGUGGCGGAUACACAAUCCGUAACGUGGCCCGUGCUUGGACGUACGAAACUGGUUUAUUACUUGGGGAACAGCUUAAUGAAGAACGACAGUUGAAUACGCGCAUUGUUCCAGAAAAUGAACUUUCCGAUUCCGAGGAUGAAGGGGGAAGACGACACGAAAGGAGCUAUUAUCCUAAUGGAAAGGCAGGGGAGUCUUCAGCACGCAAGAUUCGUGCAAACAACAAAAAUUCACAUUAUGAAAGUGAAAGUCGCGGAUCAUCUUCGCGCUCUAGUAAGACAAAUAGCGGAAUUAGAGAUCAAGGACGCAACAAAUCUUCAAGGUCCAAUCAAAUAUUUGACGAUGUGCUCAACACUACAGUGAGCACUAGUGUUCCGUCAGCAGAUAGACCCUCAAUAAUGACUCCUUCACCGAGUUCUUCUCGACCCCCUGCCCCACCAUCCGAUGUUACACAAGAGGAUGCAAUUGCGUCAGCACCCGGUACUCCACCAAUAUCAAAUGCAAAUAAUCCUAAUGAAACUGUCACUGCGGCAAAUGAAACGACGACGACUAUGGAUAUAGACACUGCUGAACCUGAGCCUGAGCCAAUAGUAAAAGAUGAGGAAAUUGAUGAUGUUGCAAUGCAAUCGUGA